GGCGUGGUGUGCCGGAAAAUGGGCCUGUGACAGAAGUGCAGGGUGAUGUGCCAGAGGUCCCACAUGAUGGCGGGGGAUGAACAGAGAGGGUAUCGGUCUGGUGGCGAUAGUCGGAGGAGGGAUGACCGCUGGAGCGAGGAACGGAAGGAAGACGACCGGCGUGAUGAAGAUCGUAGGCGGUAUAGAGCGCCAACGUGUUUCAACUGCCACAAGCCAGGGCACUAUGCGAAUCAGUGCCCUGAGAGGAAUCGACGGCGCUAUCACUUGGAUAGACCAUCGUCGUCCUUUGACUCCCGUGGGGGGCGAUCACCGCGAAGACGGGACUAUCGACGCAAUACGUCACUGGGAAAGGAGGCGAUAAGUAGCACGGUCGCUGAACUCGGAAAAUCCGUGGUUGCUAUGAAGGACUUCUACGAGGAGGCACGGCUGAAAAAGGAGGCUCAGGAGCGACGGAAGGCUGAGAAUAUCGAAGCAGAGGAGCGGGAGGCGGCCGAGCGUGAGAAGGCGGAGCGCAAAGCUAAGAAGAAGAUGGACAAGUUAAGACAGGAAGCCGAGCUCGAAGCUGAACGAAGGGCGGAGCUUCGUAAGGACAACGACAUUCACCUUGCGAUCCGCUUGAGCGAGAUGGAGGAGAACUUCUCCACAAAAAUGAAGUGUGUUAUUGAACCGCUUAAAGAGCUGCUCAAGAAAGGGAAGAAGCAAGUUACCUAUGCAUCCGCGAGUGACUCCGCCUCGGAAGGAGCCAGUGACACAAGUGUGACACAAGAGUUGAGCGAGCAGGCUGGCAGAUUGUUUAUCUCCGAGAAACGGAAGCGCGGCCCCGAACAAACGGUGGGAGAUAGUCCACCAUAGGAGUUGCCCCCGAAACGUACACCAAGGAGGGGAGCGUUGAAGCCGACUAAGCUGACCGGAAGGCUCACAAGAGCGAAGAAGAUAGUGAAAUCGCCUGGAUCAGCCAAGCGAAAGACGCCUGUAAAGAUGUCGUUAUCCACCAGAUUGAAGCUGGCCAAUCAGGCGAAGACGCCAGCACAGGUGGGUACUCCAGAAAUGAAAGGAGCAUUGCAGC